AUGGAAAGUCAUUUUGAGAUUAUGGAUCAAAUUCGUGCCUUGACAAGGCCACCACAGUCAGAUGAUGAUAGCAAGAAAUUAAAUCGAAAAGUUGUUCGAGAAGUACGAAGAAGUGGAAGAUCAUUUAAUAAUGAUACUUGCGACAGUUGUAAUGAAGGUGGUGACUUGCUAUGCUGUGAAAGAUGUCCAUCAGCAUUCCACCUUCACUGUUGUGAUCCACCACUAGAUGAAGACGGAAUUCCUGCUGGUGAAUGGAUUUGUAAAAAAUGCAAAGCCGAAUAUCAGGACAAUACUAGGCCGAUUGCAAAACAGUCGGAAUUACGAUCACCGUUUGCAGUUUUAGUAAAAGAUAAUGUGAAGCAGAACCCGUCCGAAUUUCGAUUACCUAAAGAGAUGCAAUAUCACAUUCCAUUACCUGGCUCUAAGAAACGCAAGAAAUCUAACGGGCACGGUUCAGCGACUAAAGGUGGUCGAAGAGGUAACAGCUUUUUAAAACCGCUGAUACAUUGUGAUUAUUGUCCGUUAUCUUUUCAUCUGGAUUGUAUGGAUCCUCCCCUAACUACGACUCCAUCAGGAUUAUGGAUGUGUCCUAAUCACGCAGAACACUUUCUACCCGCAAUGCAAGAUUCAAGGAUUAGUCGCCGUUUUGAUGCAUACUAUAAACUGAAUGAUUCGCUUUCCCAACAUGCGGUGAUGUUAGACUUCUUGGAAAAUGUCCACCGGAUUGCCGAUGCAAAACUAAUACUGAUAGUGGAAUUUAUACUAUUCAGCAAUCGACCACCAUUUCAAAGAAGUUCGAAAUACCCACUCCGAAAAGCUAUUAAGGUUCCUGAAAUGGUUAAACAGAAUUAUUUAUCACCACCAAAGGAACUUAAAGAGUUAAACCCUAUUCGGACUCUUACUGUAAAACGAGCAUUUUUAGCUGAUGGGAUUGAAUCUACUGAAGCUCAGACUACUAAUCAAGAGUCCGAAGAGUGGCUAAAGAAUAUAGUCAACUUCCAAAUUGCAAUUGCUAAAGAACAUCACUCUGGCAAGGUGAAUGCACGAAACUCCAGUUCUGUAAAAGCAAAUAACAAUGAAGGAAUAGCAGAAGCUAUAACAGCAAGCAAAUUGGAUAACAACAAUCAGAAUAUAGAUAAGGUUCUUUCUAAUGGUAUUUUGGAUGAAGAGAAAUAUGACAAAAAGAUUAUUUCAGUUUCUGCAAAAGAGGACAAUGAAGCUGUCAUUUCAAAUAAUUGUACGAUUUCAGAUAACACAAAUAAACGAAGUAGUGUACAGAAAGAACUGGUCACAACAACGGAGAAUAUAAAUAAAAGUAACUUUAAUAUUAACAAAUUUGUUUCAAAGAAUGACUCAGUACUCAUAAAUUAUAUCGAAUUACAAAACGUCAUUAAAGAAGGAAAUAAUAAUACAAGCCACGACACUAAAACUAGAUCCGAAGUUACUGAUUUAAUUGAUGAAUCGAUGCUUAAGCUUUUAGCUUUACAACGGCUAAAUCAGUUGUUUCCUAACACUAUGGAUGUUAAGAUGCAAAUUGCUACGAAUAGUGUCAACAAUAUGAUUUCAGAGAGCCCUUAUUGCCGAGCUCUUAUCUGCCCUUUAAACGGUAUCGGAGCUGCAAUACCAAUGGUUAAUAAAUCUCUUACGAUGGGAAUAGGAGCUGAUAUGGAUGUAGCAGUAUAUAAGUAUGGACAUUGUAAUUUUGUGUCCUCGAAGCAUGCUUGUAUAUUUUAUGAUAAGAUUACAAAACAGUAUGAAUUGUUGAACUAUAGCGAACAUGGAACGUUCGUGGAUAGUAUUUUAUACGGGUGUGACUUUUCUGUGAAAAAUCGUAAGACAUUUUCAAGCCAAGAAGAGGUCAUAAAGUCGUGUGGCGUUUCUUCAGCUGAAAGAAAACUAAAUAGUAUUUCAAAGAAACCUUCAAUGGUACCUUUUCCUGAAAAGGAUCCUUGGAAACCUUGUGACUGCAACCGUAACAAGUCUACUAGUACUAGUACUUUAAAUGAAAGCGCAGGAGCCGGAUGGGAAGGAACGGCUGUCAUACGUCAUGGCAGCCAUAUUAGAUUAGGAUGCUUGCAAUUCAUGUUCAGCAUCGUACAAGAGUCAUCACCUAGGAAUAUUUCAAAGUAG